UGCCACUGGAUUGACAAGGACUGGCAAGUGAAAUCAGCUAUCCUGCUGACACAGAGCAUGGCAGGCAGACACACCGCCGACAACCUGGCUGCAAGGAAGCUGUCAAGGCCUGGGGACUGACAGGGAAAGUGGUCACAAGUAUCCAUAACAACGCAAGCAACAUCGUCGCUGCAAACAGUCCAGAAAGAGUGGUCUGGUUUUCAGUUGUGUGUUUCGCCCAUACACAACAACUGGCGAUCAACGAUGCGUUCAAACUGUCUCUGUACAGAGUCAUAUCUGCAGCAGGUAGGCUAGUCCGCCAUUUCAACUCCAGCACUGUGGCCUGCAAAGCACUCGAAGCCAAACAGGCACAGAUGCAGCUCCCAAAGCAUCACCUCAUCCAAUCCUGCAAGACCAGAUGGAAUUCUGUGUGUGACAUGUUUGAGAGGCUUCUCAAACAGCGGUGGGCAGUGACGGCUGUCUUGUCCGACCGCACAAUUACAAAGCUGCAGGAUGUGCGAACCCUCGAGAUUAAAGACAAAUACUGGGCAGUUAUGGAAGAACUCAAACCUGCCCUGGAGACCCUCAAAUGCGCAACCACCAUCAUGUCCUCUGAGAAGAGGGUGUCCAUCUCCCACAUCUACCUCAGCAUCAUAAACAAGCACAUGGCCAUAGCAGAGGAUGACAGCGCACGGGUAGCUGAGUUCAAGGCAAAGGUUGGACAGGCCCUGAGUGACCGCAUGGAGUGUUAGUGACAGCUUGGUGGCAAAGCUAGCAUUCAUCGCCUCUGCCCUGGACCCUCGACACAAACACCUCCCGUUUCUGUCAGAAGAAGAAAGAAAUGCAGUCCAUGAAAAACUCAAGGAACUGUGCGCUGGUGUGGAGCCUGCAGCUGAGGAUACGGGGGGAGAGGAAGAGCCUAGCACUUCCGCCGCAGGAGAUGAAGAUGAUGAUGUGGUGGUAGUGGGCCCAUCCAGCCACAAGGAGAGUGCAAUGAGUAUUCUACUUGGGGAGGAUUACAGCACAGCCGAUGCCACGGAUCUAUAGUUUGAGGUGGAUAUGUAAGACAGUCGCCCCUCACUCGAUAGUAAUCCUUUAGAUUGGUGGAGGGUGAACCAGUUGUGCUUUC